AUGGUUCCUCACGCACAGGCGGCAUCCAAGCGUCAGAGCGCCCCCUUCAGACGGGUGAGUCAGCAGCAGGAGGAGCAGCCUCGGCCAUGGGCAGGAAGCGAGGGAAGAGCAGGAGAAGCAGCAAGACAGGGAGGAGCAGAGAUGGAGGCAAGAGACGCACCAGCAGCUACAGGAGGUGCAGAGCGAGAGGAGAGGGAGAGGAGGAAGGAGAGAGAGGAGAGAGAGGAGGAGGAGGAGGAGCAGAGGAGAAGGACAACCAUGGCAAACGUCAGCCUCUUUUACACAGACACUUAUGUGAUGUCACUAAAGCAAACCUUCUAUGUCUGCUAUUGUAAUUCACACAAAGAGGAAAAGCUGAAUGUGAAAGUGACAACAGACAUACAAGGCCUCACAAACACUUAUAUCCGACAAUAUUCACAUGGUUUGAUGGAGUGA